AUGUCUACCGUAAAGCAAAGCACACGCAUCACAGCAGAAUCGGCACAAGUGCAUCCACCAACUAAAGAUACCUGCCGGAAGUUGCAACACAUCAAGCCGAAGCUACGCAACAUUACCAAUACGUUCAGAAUGUCCACCGGCGACGAUUCGUUCUCGGGUUGCGAUUCGCCUGCAAAAAAGCAGAAAAAAGAUAAUCCAUCCCACUCGAAAGCUCGGAGCCCGCCACCCAAUCCGGAGAUGGUAGCGUUUGAUAAGUUGCGGUUCGUGCUGGGCCGUCACUAUUUCGAUGUGUGUCAACGUUUGGCACUGGAUUAUGUGCCCCGGUGCGUGCGGAAUAUCACGGAAUGUGCUCAACGGCACGCGAGUAAGCGUAGUCCGCGUACGAAAUGUGUGAGCCUGCUGCGGCAAAUGAACACACACGACCAGCUGCGGGAGUACCGGCCGGAUCAGUUUAUCGUGUUCCUGAACCAAGCCAUUAUGCGCCGAGAGUUUAUCGAUUCCGAACUGUUUGUAGCUGGUCUGCAGCUAAUGCUAACGUUUAACCGUCCAUCCGAAGAGCUACAGGUUGAGUAUGGUGCCGGAGAAAUAGUGGCCGGGGUGGGGGAAGCACUCGAAAAGUGUCUGGAACAUUUUCCACCCUGUCGUUGGGAUUUACGAUCCGCCUAUCAGCGCAUCGUGCUCGGUCAGCUGGAAGCGCAGUGUUUUGGGAAGUGUGAUGAACGGGAAGGCCUGUUCCGUAAUGUGCUGCAUCUGAUUGAACAUUACAUCGAAACAGAACAGGAGAAGGUAGAAUAUACUUCGAGAACGGGAAAACCAUCAACAGGUGGCAAAAGAUCGGAAGACGAUGAGUUUUAUGCGUACAACUAUAACUCCUGGAUGUUGACAAACAGACUUUGCUACGAUUUCAAUAGACUGUCCCGGGAGGAACGCUUCCAUCGGUUGUUUGGGGUACUGAAGAUAUUGGUCAAGCUGCUCGAGAUGGAUUUCGCCAUGUGGAUUCUUCGCAAUCCAACCAAAACGCAUCAGAAUCUACGUAAUCCAUCACGCGGUCCGCUGGUGGCGCAGCUUUUCUGGAACGGUGACCAUGGAAGUAUGAAUCUGUGCAUCAAGAAGCUUUUCCAAAUGUUUAUCAACGUGAACGCGUUACAUUACCCUGAAGACGACAUCGCUGUAGUAUCGAGGCUCUUGAGCAUCGUAACGGUGGCGAUGAAUCUGAGCGAGUUCCAGCACAACGAUGGACAGAUCCAGUAUCCAUGUGUGAAGGACAACAGUCUUCACUACGCCCGGCAAUUCUGGAAAACGUUAGAAUCGUCCGGAUACUUCAGCAUUCCUCUAUGUGUCGCCACGAUACAUAAUCUACGGUCACCAUUCUUACGUCUUCGCCUUUCGGAGCAUUUGUUGCAAAAGUUCCAUCGCAAUAUCAAACUCUCCAACGUGCGCAGCUUCUUUCAGCUACUGCUAAACCGUUCCUGGUUGGACUGGUCAAAGAAUGAACCGAGUGAUGGUACCGAACAAUCAUCGUCUUCCAACAUUUAUCCAGUGCUCAACCCACAUCCAACCCGGCUGAAAGUGUGCGAUAUUAACCAGAAACAAUACCUUGACCUGUUGCUUACCGGUCUUCGGGCGUACUGUGAUAUGCAUCAGCUACCGGCCUACUUCCGCGAGAUUAUGGUACAACCAACACCGGAAGCAUCAUCUUCCACAGAGCAACCAGCUUCAUCCAAAGAAUGUCCACAAGAAGCACGCAUUGUACCGCCCACCGUACCCGACGAACGGAUGAUAUUCCAGGGCAUCACAAUGAGUGGCGAGAUCGUGCUGGAAUACCGUGACGAUAUUAAGUACCUGCUGCUAAUCGAACAACAGCUGAAAAAGCUCGAAUCGUCGGAAGACCGAAUACUGUUUCAGGGCUGGGUGUGCUUCCUUUCGGAAGUAGACCCAUCAGUGACUACCCCUAUGCUUUAA